AUGGCCGAUACAUUCAAAAUCCUGCCGUUGGAAGAGAUUCCAACCCUCACCCAGCAAUAUGAGCAGCGCAAGUUUACCCCGGUGUCUUCUCCAGUCACACUCCCCGAGACCCCAGUGCAGCCCAAGCUACAGGCCGGCAGCACUCUUCCAAUACCAUCCAAAGAUAUUAAUGACCGCAUCUCUGUUAUCCGAUGGGACAUCACCAAAAUCCAGGUUGAUGCAAUCGUCAAUGCAGCUAACUCGUCGCUGAGGAGGGGCGGAGGUGUCUGCGGAGCGAUUCACAGAGCAGCUGGCCCAGAACUGGACCGAGAGUGUGCACGACUGAACGGGUGUCAGACAGGACUGGCCAAAAGCACAAAUGCGUACAGCCUACCGUGCCGUAGGGUUAUUCACACCGUCGGGCCACAGUACACUACAGGAGAGUUCACACCAAAACAGGCUGCAGAGAAACUCUCCAGUUGCUAUACCAAGAGCCUAGAACUGGCAGUUCAAGAUGGAUGCCGGACUAUCGCAUUUCCCACCAUCAGCACUGGUAUCUACGGGUAUCCCAGUGAUAAAGCAGCCCCAGUGGCACUGGCUGCAAUCCGAAAAUUCUUAGAGGGGCCACAGGGCUCUGGAAUCGACCGCGUGGUGCUUUUGAUGUGGGACAUGAAGGACAUCAAUGCAUAUCAAGAUAAUAUCCCGCUUUACUUCCCUCCUGUCCCUUAA